AUGAAGUUUGCUUCCCUCACUUACACCCUGGCAUUGCUAGGGUCAUGGCUGUUCUCCACCGUCCUAGCAACUCCUACGACAUGUGGUGCACCCGAAUACCAUAUUCAAACCCAAGCCGAUCUUGAUGUUUUAAGUAACUGUCAGGUCGUCAAUGGCUCCAUCAUCAUGAAUGCGAGUUCUGCGGUCGCGUUGUCCUUCAACCGCAUCGAAAGUGUCGCGGGCGACGUUAUAAUUCAAAAUAACAAUUAUUUGGCUUCUGUAUCCCUCACGUCCUUGAAAUCCAUCCAAGGAGAACUUCGCCUGGAAAAGCUCACUAGACUCGGUAGCUUGUAUGCUCCUGUUUUGGAAAAAGUUGGAUCCUUGAACUUACGCAUCUUACCAAAUCUCCAAGGAAUUCGAUUCGAUAAGGGUGUCAAGGAAGCAAAUGCCUUGCGCAUUGAGGACACCCAGUUAUCUACCCUUGAUGGAAUCUCUUUGAAGAAGACUGAGAGUAUGAUUGUUGUCAACAACAACUAUCUCCGAGAAGUAAAUAUGCCUUAUUUGGAAAGUGUUAAGGGUAAAGUUUACGUUUCCUACAACGCCAGAGAAAUAAAUGUGAAAUUACCCGUGCUUGAACAGGUUGGUGACAUGACUGUUCAAAGAGUCGCUGACAUUGAUCUUCGUGCAUUAAAGACCGUUCAUGGAUUCGUUGGAUUUUUGAACAGUACUAUGAGGGAAGUCUCAUGCCCCAACAUCUCUUCCAUUGGUCAGUCAUUAUUCUUUGUUGGCAACACGGAUUUGGCCUCCAUUAACUUCAAGCAACUGGAAACAAUUGGUGGUACAUUUAUGGUUUUCAACAAUGAAGAAUUGAAACAGAUUAAGGGAUUUAACAAGUUGCGUACUGUGUCUGGUUCUAUCGAUUUCAGCGGUGACUUGGCUGAGGUGGAUUUACCCGCCUUGAGAGAUGUCAAGGGAGGUUUGAACUUGCAGUCCUCUUCUGAUCAAUUCUCUUGCCCUUUCCGUCAAAGUGAUGGUGUCAUCAAAGGUAAAUCCUUCAUAUGCCGUGGAAACGUAGAGAAUCCAACAAAUGAAGAAGCUACCCUUAACGGUGAGUUUUUCGGGGAAGAUGGCACUGAAAGCGUCAAGGAACCUUUGAAGAAGUCGAAGGAUUCGAAGGACAAGUCGAAUAAGCAAACAAGUGCUGCUAACAAAAGUAAGGUUUCCUCUUCGGUUAUGCUUGCUUCUUUCUUGGUCUUUAUGGCAUUUUACUUUGAAUACCUCCUUUAA